AGUGCGGUUGGCACGUUUGCUCGAGCCUUGGACUGCAGUAGUUCUGUCAGGCAACCCAGUUUACAUAUGAGUGCUGCUGCUGCUUCCCGAGACAUCACACUGUUUCAUGCAAUGGACACACUGCAUAAACACAACUAUGAUCUGAGCAGUGCCAUCAGUGUUCUAGUGCCACUGGGAGGGCCUGUCUUGUGUAGAGAUGAAAUGGAAGAGUGGUCAGCAUCAGAAGCUAGUUUAUUUGAAGAGGCUUUGGAAAAGUAUGGCAAGGACUUCAAUGACAUUCGACAAGACUUUCUCCCUUGGAAGUCUCUGACUAGCAUCAUUGAGUAUUACUACAUGUGGAAAACCACUGACAGAUAUGUGCAGCAGAAACGUCUGAAAGCAGCUGAAGCAGAAAGUAAAUUGAAACAAGUAUACAUCCCCACCUACAAUAAACCAAAUCCCAAUCAAAUAUCCAGCAACAAUGGGAAACCUGCUGCAGUCAAUGGAGCAAUGGGAGCUUCUUACCAGGCACAAGCCACAGUAAUAGGUCGGGCUUGUGAAAGCUGCUAUACUCCGCAGUCUCACCAAUGGUAUUCUUGGGGCCCUCCCAAUAUGCAAUGUAGGUUGUGUGCAUCUUGCUGGAUUUAUUGGAAGAAAUACGGUGGCCUGAAAAUGCCCACACAGACAGAUGACGAUAAACUGUCUUCCAGCCAACCUACAGAGGAAUCGCAUGUCAGAACUCACCUGUCCCGGCAGGCCACGCAGGGCACUCCGGUCCGUAACACGGGCAGUCCAAAGUCGGCGGUGAAAACACGGCAGGCUUUCUUUCUCCACACCACCUGUUGGACAAAACUGGCCCGCCAGGUCUGCAAAAAUACCCUCCGGCUGCGGCAGGCAGCACGACGUCCCUUUGUCCCUAUUAACUGUGCUGCCAUUAAGGCAGAAUAUGCAGAUCGACAUUGUGAACUUGCUGGGAAUCCUCUGAAGAUAAAAAGCACCAGAAAACCACUGUCAUGUAUCAUUGGGUAUUUAGAGAUACAUCCUGCUGUGAAACCCAAUGUAAUCAGGUCAACACCAAGCCUUCAAAGUCCAAGUGCAAAGCGACUGCUUGCACCCUCCAAUCACUCUUCAUUAAGUAUUUUGGGGAAAAGAAACUACAGCCAUCAUAAUGGGCUUGAUGGUAUGUGAAGGAAUAUAAAAGAAACAUUCUUUAACUUUCUGAAUUGCAAAACUUUCUGUGAGUACCUGAGGUAACAUUAAAUGAGAGUGUACAGACUUAGGAAAAUGUAAGAUAAUGGAUGGUAUGUUUAUAGCAGCAGUGCAAUGAAUGGAGGUGCUUAUUU